AUGCUGCCGCUCGCCCUGCGGAGGGUUCGGGGCAGGGGCGGGGGGCGAGCGGCCGAGGGUCCCCGCCGCGCGCGCUCGCCCUGGAGCCCCGCCUGGAUUUGCUGCUGGGCGCUCGCCGGCUACCAGGCAGCCUGGGCUGGGGACUCGCCCUCCUCCGGCCGCCCGCUUCCUGCGUGCCAGGAGAAAGAUUACCACUUUGAAUAUACAGAAUGUGAUAGCACUGGCUCCAGGUGGAGGGUCGCCAUUCCGAAUUCUGCAGUGGAUUGCUCUGGCCUGCCUGACCCAGUGAGAGGCAAAGAAUGCACUUUCUCCUGUGCCUCUGGAGAGUACCUAGAAAUGAAGAACCAGGUGUGCAGUAAGUGUGUUGAAGGCACCUACUCCUUGGGCAGUGGCAUCAAAUUUGAUGAAUGGGAUGAGUUGCCGGCAGGAUUUUCCAACGUUGCCACAUUCAUGGACACUGUGGUGGGCCCUUCUGACAGCAGGCCAGGUGGCUGUAACAACUCUUCUUGGCUUCCUCGUGGGAACUAUAUAGAAUCCAACCGUGAUGACUGCACUGUGUCUCUGAUCUAUGCUGUGCACCUUAAGAAGUCAGGCUAUGUCUUCUUUGAGUACCAGUACGUGGACAACAACAUCUUCUUUGAGUUCUUUAUUCAGAAUGACCAGUGCCAGGAGAUGGAUGCCACCACAGACAAGUGGGUGAAACUCACAGACAAUGGAGAAUGGGGCUCCCAUUCUGUGAUGCUGAAACCAGGCACCAAUAUUCUGUACUGGAGAACGACAGGCAUCCUUGUGGGCUCUAAGGCUGUCAAGCCCGUGCUAGUGAAAAAUAUCACCAUCGAAGGGGUGGCGUACACCUCAGAGUGCUUCCCAUGUAAGCCAGGCACUUUCAGCAACAAACCAGGCUCAUUUAACUGCCAAAUGUGCCCCAGAAACACCUAUUCUGAGAAGGGAGCCAAAGAGUGCAUAAGGUGUAAGGAGGACUCCCAGUUUUCAGAGGAAGGAGCCAGUGAGUGUGUGGAUCGCCCACCCUGUACUACCAAAGACUAUUUCCAGAUCCAUACCCCAUGUGAUGAAGAAGGAAAGACACAGAUAAUGUACAAGUGGAUAGAGCCGAAAAUCUGCAGGGAGGACCUCAUGGAUGCUAUCAGGCUGCCCCCUUCUGGGGAGAAGAAGGAUUGUCCCCCCUGCAACCCAGGAUUCUAUAACAACGGAUCUUCUUCUUGCCAUCCCUGCCCUCUGGGGACAUUUUCAGACGGAACAAAGGAAUGCAAGCCGUGUCCAGCAGGAACAGAGCCAGCGCUUGGGUUUGAGUAUAAAUGGUGGAAUGUCCUUCCUGCCAACAUGAAGACUUCCUGCUUCAAUGUUGGGAAUUCCAAGUGUGAUGGAAUGAAUGGUUGGGAGGUAGCUGGAGAUCACAUCCAGAGUGGAGCUGGAGGCUCUGACAAUGACUACCUCAUCUUAACCUUGCACAUCCCAGGAUUUAAACCACCAACAUCUAUGACUGGAGCUACGGGUUCUGAGCUAGGAAGAAUAACAUUUGUCUUUGAGACCCUCUGCUCAGCUGACUGUGUUCUGUACUUCAUGGUGGAUAUAAAUAGAAAAAGUACCAAUGUGGUGGAAUCAUGGGGAGGAACCAAAGAAAAGCAAGCAUAUACCCACAUCAUCUUCAAGAAUGCAACAUUUACAUUUACAUGGGCAUUCCAGAGAACUAAUCAAGGUCAAGAUAACAGACGUUUCAUCAAUGAUGUGGUGAAGAUUUAUUCUAUCACAGCCACUAAUGCAGUUGAUGGGGUGGCAUCCUCAUGCCGUGCCUGUGCCCUUGGUUCUGAGCAGUCGGGCUCAUCAUGUGUACCCUGCCCCCCAGGCCACUACAUCGAGAAAGAAACCAACCAGUGCAAGGAGUGCUCCGCUGACACCUACCUGUCCAUCCAUCAGGUCUAUGGCAAGGAGGCUUGCAUUCCCUGUGGGCCUGGAAGUAAAAGCACCCAGGAUCACUCCACUUGCUACAGCGACUGCUUCUUCUCCUACGAAAAGGAGAACCAGAGUCUGCGCUAUGACUUCCGCAACCUCAGCAGUGUGGGGUCGCUAAUGAACGGCCCCAGCUUCACCUCCAAGGGAACCAAAUACUUCCAUUUCUUCAAUAUCAGUUUAUGUGGGCAUGAGGGGAGAAAGAUGGCUCUCUGUACCAACAACAUCUCAGACUUCACGGUGAAGGAAGUGAUGACAGGCUCAGAUGACUACACCAAUUUGCUUGGAGCAUUUGUAUGCCAGUCAACUAUUAUUCCUUCUGAAAGCAAGGGCUUCCGGGCAGCCUUGUCAUCUCAGUCUAUAAUUCUGGCAGACACAUUUUUAGGAGUCACGGUUGACCCUGCCUUGCAAAACGUUAAUAUUAAGGAAGAUAUGUUCCCAGUGUCACCAAGCCAAAUACCAGAUGUGCAUUUCUUUUAUAAGUCUUCCACAGCCACCACAUCUUGUAUUAAUGGCCGAUCGACUGCUGUGAAAAUGCGGUGUAAUCCCAUGAGACCUGGUGCAGGUGUGAUUUCAGUCCCCAGCAAGUGCCCAGCUGGUACCUGUGAUGGCUGUGCAUUCUACUUUCUAUGGGAGAGUGCAGAGGCUUGCCCUCUGUGCACAGAACAUGACUUCCAUGAAAUCGAGGGAGCCUGCAAGAGAGGACUUCAGGAAACAUUGUAUGUAUGGAACGAACCCAAGUGGUGCAUUAAAGGAAUUACUUUGCCUGAGAAAAAGUUGUCAACCUGUGAAACAGUUGACUUUUGGCUGAAAGUGGGAGCUGGUGUGGGGGCAUUCACAGCCGUUUUGUUGGUGGCUUUAACGUGCUACUUUUGGAAAAAGAAUCAAAAGCUGGAAUACAAAUAUUCUAAAUUAGUAAUGACGACUAACUCGAAAGAGUGUGAGCUCCCAGCUGCAGACAGCUGUGCUAUCAUGGAAGGAGAAGAUAACGAAGAGGAUGUUGUAUACUCCAACAAACAAUCACUACUAGGGAAACUUAAGUCUUUGGCCACGAAGGAAAAAGAUGACCACUUUGAAUCUGUUCAGCUGAAAUCCUCAAGAUGCCCUAAUAUCUGAAGGGACAGUGCUGUAGCAUUCAGACUGAUGAGCAAGGACAUCUGAUCUUUAAUUUUUCAGGACCUCUUAGGACCUGUCCUCACACCUGUCACAUCUGUGAUGUCACAGAGGAGGCGUGCCACCAAGAGGAGGAGGCAGACAUACUGAUUGCCUUAUAACACAUCACAUACUUUGUCAAACUACAGAAGACAGAUGAUUUGGGUCUCACUGAAGAUGAAGCUUAACUCAGGAAGAGAUUUAGCUGUAUAUACACAUAACUGAAACCCACCAAUGCACUGCUGAUGCAUGCCAUAUAAUUACUGGGAAACUUUAAUUCUUUAUGAUGUCUACAUAAGAAAUGUGUGUUGGAAGGCAGACACAAGCAUAUGCCUUGUGUUCCCACGAAUGUCUUAGUCUUGUAAUUGGGGAAGAUUUGAAAAAAAUUUAAGUUAUAAUUAUUUUUCCCUUUAUUUCUCCAAGACUUGCAAACAUCUUUUCUAUUAAAAUGGUGAGUGAUGAAAGACAAUAAAUUUUCAGAGGAUAUUUUCUCUUGACUUUGGAAGCCUAGGAUAUCAGUAAUAUUUUGUGAAGUUAUUUACUUGGGUUAUCAAAGCUGAUUAUCACUUUUAAAAUUCCACCUUUGUCAGAACUGGUCUGAGGAAUUUAACUAAUUGCUUGAAGAGAUCUUAAGGGGGAGGGAAUGAAAUCCAAGGAGAAACCUCAACAUUCCCUUAAUUCGCAGAGUCCAGUAUUAUCAGAAGUCAGAGGGUUUAAAGCCGUGUGAGUGUUGCUGAAGAAUAAAGGAGGUGGAACACCUUGUUUAUCAGACCCCUGCACAGUCAGGAAGGAGGAGGAGGGAUGCCUUGUCUCCAAGAACAGAUAACUGCUUGUUUGGGCAGCUCAAGGUCUCCACAGAUGUCCCUGGGCUUUUCCU